AUGGAAGAUUUGGUUUCAGCUAACGACGACCACAUGCCAACGGGCGCGGGUGAAAACGCUCCAAUAGGUCUAGCUCAAGGCAUUCAGUGUUUGGGCGGUGAAAUACCAUUUUUUUUCUGGUCCGGUUGGGUAAACAGAAAGAUGCGCUAUGAUGGCAAUUGCAUGGCCCUCGUGCUGGCAGUUAUGGCCGUCAGGAUGAUCUGUACACAGUACACACUAAACAGUCAUCUGGAAUCCAGCCUGGAUUAUUGCAGCAAUUGA